AGUCUAACAGACAAUAGAAGAAGAGGCGAUGCUUGCGAUCCGCCAUAAUAGAAAAGAAGAAGAGGUUUAUGUAGUUUUUCCUCGAACCUGGAUAACUUUAGCUAGAUAAGACGUUAGCUACAUUUUAUGCGCUAUCAGCUAAUAUUGUAAUUCAUCAGAGAUGGAAAUUAGCAGCAGAUAAAGCUGGAAGAACAUCUGUUCUCCUUUGGUUUCUAACAAAUACUUUACGAAAUGGCUUCAGAGGAUGAAUUGAAUCUCCUGGUCAUCGUGGUUGAUGUGAAUCCCAUCUGGUGGGGUCAGCAGGGUCAGCGUGAGCCAGAGUUCACUUUGUGCAAGUGUCUGGAUGCCGUCAUGGUGAUGGGAAAUUCCCAUAUGGCAAUGACAAGGACAAACAGGCUGGCGGUUAUCGCCAGUCACUGUCAAGACAGUCACUUCUUGUAUCCCAGUAAGACUUGGAAAAGUGGGGACAGUGGUGGGGAUGAAAUUUCCUCCAGCCGGGAUGGAAAAUACGAACUUCUAGCUGUCGCCAACAACCUCAUUGCUGAAGAGAUCAGGAAUAUUAUGGCUAAAACUGAAGUGACGGGGAAUUCAACUGACACCCUGUUGGCAGGAUCUCUUGCCAAAGCCCUCUGCUAUAUUCACAGGGUCUCAAAAGAGUUAGAAGUUGGACAGGAGAUGAAGUCAAGGAUAUUGGUGAUAAAAGCAGCUGAUGACUGCGCUCUCCAGUACAUGAACUUCAUGAAUGUGAUUUUUGCUGCACAAAAGCAGAACAUCCUGAUAGAUGCGUGUGUGCUGGACUCAGACUCGGGGCUGCUUCAGCAGGCUUGUGACAUAACAGGAGGCUUGUACCUGAAGAUACCGCAGAAAGUAGCCCUGGCUCAGUACCUUCUGUGGGUGUUCCUGCCCGACUCGGAGCAGCGCUCCCAGCUGGUGCUGCCGCCGCCUGCCCACGUGGACUACAGAGCUGCGUGUUUCUGUCACCGUAACCUCAUCGAAAUCGGUUAUGUCUGCUCUGUUUGUCUGUCGAUAUUCUGCAACUUCAGCCCUAUUUGCACAACAUGCGAGACGGCCUUUAAAAUCCAGCUACCUCAGAUGGUCAAACCUAAAAAGAAGAAAUUGAAGCAAGCAGCUUGAUGACUGUUUUGAUUUCCUCACUGCCAUUUAGGCAGAUCUGUUUUUGAGAAGAAGCAGCCCCUGAUCCAAAUGACCUCGUUACUGAAACUUCCUGGGUAAAAUGUAUUUGCUGUUAGAGCAAAGAUUUCCUGGAUACCUUUGUCAAGACGAACAUGUGGAAGAUUCUUCUUAUUCUUCUUGUCUCUGGAAAGCAAGAAAAACAUAAUAAAAGACCCAACACACCCAGCACAAGGAGUGUUUUAAUGGACAUUUCUGGAUUUUACAGCCUUGUUUCUAUAAUUGAUUUUAACAAUUUAAUCUGCAGAAGAAACUCUUCAGUCUCAUUGCUACGGAAAUAUUUAAUCUCUUCUGCUUUGUCAAAUUUAUUACUGAAAAUAAAAAAAUCCACCAA